AUGUUCGUGUACGAAUUCAUGGCAGGCAUUGUGGACACCAUCACGGGAGGUGACGACGAGGAGUCCUACGACCCGCACCAGCACAGAAAAGUAGAGAAGCCAACCUCGUACGCGGACACCAUGAUCCACCUGCUGAAGGGCAGCAUCGGAGCCGGCGUGCUGGCCAUGCCCAACGCUGUCAGCCGCGUGGGCGUGUUCACGGCCAUAGUUGGCAUGUCGCUUAUCGGCUCCUUUGCCGCUUACUGCAUGCAGCUACUCAUUGCAGCACAGUACAAACUGUGCAAGAAGUGGAGGCGCGGUUACAUCGCGUACCCCAAGUCCAUGUGGCUGGCGCUGCAGGACGGGCCGCCGUGCCUGCGCUGGGCGUCCGGCCUGCUCUACUACUUCGUGGACGUGGUGCUCAUCCUCUGGCAGCUCGGGGUCUGCUGCAUCUACUGCGUCUUCGUGGCGGAAAAUGUUAAACAGGUAUUCGAUUUCUACGGAGAAGAAAUGUCGUUGAGAAUGCACCUGUGCUUCUUGCUGCCCCCGCUGACGCUGCUGGGCCUGGUGAAGGAUCUCAAGUUGAUGACGCCGCUCUCCACCAUCUCCAAUGGCGUCACCAUGCUCGGCUUUAUUCUCGUUUUCUUUUAUUUAAUAGAAGACGAUGUCGUUAUUGAGGAUGAAAAGUUAAAUAUGAAACAUUUAGCAGACAUACCUGUAUUUAUAGGAAUUGCCUUAUUUGCACUGGAAGCUGUCGGUGUCGUGCUAGCGUUAGAAUACAACAUGGAGGAACCGAAGCGCUUCGUGGGGCUGUGCGGCUUGUUCAACGUGGGCAUGGUCAUCAUCGUGGCGCUCUACCUCUCAAUGGGUGUGUUCGGAUACCUCAAGUAUGGCGACGAGAUAGCGCCUUCGAUCACUCUCAACCUUCCACAAGAACAAAAAAAAGCACAAGCUGCAAAACUUACAUUUGCUCUUGCAAUUUUUCUAUCAUUUCCAUUGCAAAAUUUUGUUGCUUAUAGCAUUCUAUGGCGCAAAAUAAAAAAGAAAUUGACUCUAUCAGCCAAAAGCACGUGUUUCUUCGAUUAUGCCUUAAGACUCAUAUUGGUAGUUAUACCAUGGCUGCUGGCGCUGCUGAUGCCGCACCUGGGCCCGUUCAUCGCGCUGUUCGGCGCCUUCUGCCUGUCGCUGCUGGCCGUGGUGUUUCCCGGCAUCAUGGACGCCUGCAUCUGGUACCCGGGCCAGUACGGCUUGUUGCACUAUCGCCUCGUGCGAGACAUCGUCAUUAUCUUCGUCGGAAUGUUCUGCCUAGUCUCCGGUUGCUACACGUCGGUCAUCGAAAUCGUCGAAGCGGCUGAAUGAUUGUCCAUACGAUAAUUUCGUAUUAUGAUGUAUCAAUAAAUAAUAAUUUUGGUAUUGA